ACCCGUGUCGGUUCCUCGAAAUCGAUCGCGAUCGAAUUCGGCUGUGGCCGUGUGGGAACUGUGGAGACUGGAGAGCAAAACCCGCGAAGCUGCGAGCGAAUCCCGAUCGAGAGGCGACGGCGGCGGCGAGUGGGGAGACCAUGCCGGAGAAGGCGGUGGACGACGUCAUGGAGUCGGCCGUGGGGGCCCACUUCAGCGGCCUCCGCCUCGAGGCGCUCCGCCUCUCCUCCCCCUCACCCUCCGCCCCGUCCUCCCCUUCCUCCUCAGGCGUGCCGGCGGCCGCGCCCCACUCCAACGGGGUCGUCUACGCCAACGGCGAGCUCGCCUCCCCCUCCGCCCUCAGGCAGCCCUUCGUCAUCGGGGUUUCGGGAGGGACAGCGUCGGGGAAGACGACUGUGUGCGACAUGAUCAUCCAGCAGCUGCACGACCACCGCGUCGUGCUCGUCAACCAGGAUUCAUUCUACCGUGGGCUAACCGCUGAAGAAUCAGCUCGUGCUCAAGACUAUAAUUUUGAUCACCCUGAUGCAUUCGAUACAGAACAACUUCUUGAGUGCAUGGGACAACUAAAAUGUGCACUGCCUGUACAUGUUCCUAUAUAUGACUUUAAGAAUCACCGACGGUGCUCAGAAAGGUUCAGAAAGGUGAAUGCAUCAGAUGUCAUCAUUUUGGAGGGCAUUUUAGUCUUCCAUGAUCAAAGGGUUCGCAAUCUGAUGGACAUGAAAAUUUUCGUGGACACAGAUGCCGACAUUAGGCUUGCCCGACGAAUAAGGCGUGAUACGGUUGAAAGAGGUAGAGAUGUUAGCUCAGUACUUGACCAGUAUGGGAGGUUUGUGAAGCCAGCAUUUGAUGAUUUUGUUCUGCCUUCAAAGAAGUAUGCUGAUGUGAUUAUACCAAGAGGAGGUGAUAACCAUGUUGCAAUUGACCUCAUCGUUCAACAUAUUCGUACAAAGCUUGGUAUGCAUGACUUGUGCAAAAUCUUCCCGAAUGUUUAUGUAGUUCAGUCAACUUUUCAGAUCCGGGGAAUGCAUACUCUGAUUCGUGAUCGGGACAUCACUACACCUGACUUUGUCUUUUAUUCAGAUCGGUUAAUUCGUUUGGUAGUUGAGCACGGUCUGGGGCAUUUGCCAUUUACGGAAAAGCAGAUUAUUACUCCAACAGGAUCUGUUUAUAUGGGAGUUGACUUCUGCAAGAAGCUCUGUGGAGUGUCUAUUGUUCGAAGUGGCGAAAGUAUGGAGAAUGCAUUGCGUGCUUGCUGUAAAGGAAUAAAAAUCGGCAAAAUUCUGAUACAUCGUGUUGGAGAUAAUGGACAGCAACCCAUAUACCACAAGCUGCCAAUGGAUAUAGCUGAACGGCAUGUUCUGCUUUUGGAUCCGGUGCUUGGCACAGGGAACUCAGCAAAUCAAGCUAUAGAUCUUCUUAUAAGGAAGCAUGUUCCUGAGGAGAGGAUCAUAUUCCUCAAUCUUAUCUCGGCUCCUGAAGGGAUUCAGAGUGUGUGCAAACGAUAUCCGAGGUUGAAGAUUGUAACAUCAGAGAUCGAUUUUGGCUUGAGCGAGGAAUUCAGGGUCAUCCCAGGACUGGGAGAGUAUGGUGACCGCUACUUUGGCACGGACAACUGAUGGCUACUGUUAUCCUUGUGUGUGCAAAAGCUCAUUUAACCGCUGGGCACUUUAAAGGGAGGUGCCUGGUGGCACAUCGGAGGUAGCAUCAAUUGGACCGAGAAGGCGGAAAUGGAUGUUAACUCAGGAGACAAGCGUAAAUUUUUUUUGGCCUCCAGAACUAGCUGGUCUUUAGCCCUUGCCGGAGGUAGUAGAAGCGCGUGCAAUAUCGUGAUGAUUGCAAACUCUUUCCUUGAACUAUUUCCGUUGCUGUACUUCCGGCAAGGCAGGCCAUUCACAUGGUCGAGACUUGAAAAUCUGAAGUGCCUGUUAGUUGCUGUUCAUUGUCGAUUCUUCGAGCUGUACUUCUUGCCUGCUGUUGUUUCGUUUCUUGAAGAGCGAUACUCGUACUAAACUAAACCGAUCCUAUUUGCAGUUUUGUUUCGUUUUGUCGAUUCUUUGAUAUGGAAGACAUGUAUUUUUAUGUCAA